AUGGCUAAAGUUACCAGAAAAUUGAAAGGAUGUAGCAAAGUUGUGGAACAACCAAACUCAAGCACAAAAAAAUUAAUCUCAAGCAAAAAAGGGAAGAAGAGAAAGAACUCCUCUCAUCCCGGGGCCAGAAAUGGAGGCAAGGUGAGGAAGAUACAGAGGGCAAUAAAACGACUGCUUCAUGGGAGUUCAGGAAAAAAAUCUUCUAGUACUAUUACAGAAAUUCCAGAAAAGGUAAAAAGUGAAAAAAGCCAAGAAGUUCUGGCAACUAGCAAAGAUUGA